ACGCGCGCGUGUAUCCGGCGAUCUGUCGCGGCGGAAUUACCGAGUCUGUUUUGACAUUCGCAGCAACAUCUCUCCUGAUCGUAAUAAUAAUUGGCACUGUGUUUGUGUAUGUGUGUGUCCAUGUGUACCUCGUUGAUGAUUCUAUAUACAAUAACAACAAUUGACUAGCAGUACACGGUUGUUCUCCACUUGGUUCCCGAUUGUUGUUUGUUUCGUAAUCCGCAACUGCCACCAGCUUUAAAGCUCGGCAGUUUCGAUUUUAAUGGUCCAUUGUGGUGAUUGAUAUACAUCUGAUUGUUCGUUUGUAUCACUGUGCGGUGCAUGUGUCAUUGAUAACUGCCAGCUGCUCGCAAUUACGUAUCUACGCGCGGAAGGCGCAAUGAGUAAUUGAGGCGACCGGUGCAGACUGAGAAAGCUGAUCCCCAUCGGGUGCGCGGACGCAUCACUCCCACGUUGGAUCGAUUUUUCGGCUACGACAGAUAUACAUAAUACACCAGGCUAAGGAUGUCCUCGAAGAGGAAGUCGCCGCCUACAAAAUUAUCGGAGGGCGGGGGUGGACCACCACAGCAUCAGCAGCAGCUACAGACGACACAGCACACGGGCGGCUCCGGUUCGGGGGCCGAAGAAGAAGAAGAGACAAGUUCCUCGCUGACUGGCGAGCUCGGCGCGAGCGUCUGCAAUUCGGACGAGCCACUGCCGCUGUCGGCAAAGAGCUGCCACCAGCAGCAGGACAACAACUCGGUGGGGGGUCACGAGGCCGCGAAAACCACGAGCAGCAGAGAACCGCUGGCGGAAUCGUCCUACGGCGGUGAGUCGUCGGGCUGCUCGUCGCCGAGCGACUCGGCCGUCAGCGAUCCGGAGCUCUGCCUGUCGCCGAGUGCGGCCAAGCGCACCAAGCUCAACUUCAUACUGAGCACAGUGGCCGCGGCAGCCGGGCCCGAGGCCGCAAACAGCCUCGUCGCGGCCUACCGCUCAUCGCAGAUCCAGGGCGGCAGCUCGAGCGUGGUCUCCAGCGGCAUCGGACUCGACUCGUCCGAGUGCGGCUCGCCCACGACUCUCGAACAUUCCUUCUUCCCGAAUCAUCAGCAAAAUUUGCCCCUGCACAACAACAACAACAACUCGGUGAUGCAGAACAACAACAACAACGGCAACGGGCCGGCGGCUAACAAUCAGGUGGCCAAGCGAACGAUGGACGACGUACUCAAGAGGCUGACCGGCAAGCGAAACAAUCUCGCCGACGAGCCCAACAGCAGGCGGACGACGCCGCCACCCUCCACGACUCCAACGAGUCACAAUACUCACAGUAGCAGCAGCAGCGUAACCAACAGCGUGGCUCCAUCGCCGACUGGAGCUGGUCGGAUUCAGGGCAUCGAUUCGGUCGACAACUCGUUGCACAACGCGCUUCUGGGCGAUCUGCCACUGGCCGAGAAGGAGCGAAGGGUCUCCGAGAUGAUCAUGCAGCUUCAAGUGUUUCGAGCGAAUAUGCUCAACCAGGACAGUGCCAAAUGUCAACAGUUACAAAAUCACAUGAGCCCCGAAACGCACAAACAAUUGGAAUUGCAACGCCUGCAGUCGGAACACAUGAAGCGUCUGCAAGAUCCAAUGUUACAGCACAGCAUCCAAGAGAUCCAAGCGCAACUGAGCAAGAACCCAAUGGCUAUGGCGGCCAAUCCGCAGUCCUACAUGUUUUUACCGUUCCUCGAGCAGAUAAGAGGGAUGCCGACCAUGCUACCGCCUACCUCCACCGCCACGGCUUCCAGUAAACACGCCAACACUAUUGCCAAUAUGAUCAAUUGCCACAGAGAAGGCCCGAGCUGGGCGUCGGCGGCACACUUAGCACAAAUGACCAAUCAGAUGGAGCAGGAGCGCUCGUCGACGCCGCUCGCGAGAGCACCGAGUCCCCCGGUGGCGACGACUCCCACGCCGGUCAGCGCCGACCCGGACGCGCCGCUGAAUCUCAGCAAGCGCAAGUCGGACGACGACUCGUCGGCGAACACGGCCUCGCCGCCGAGCAGCAGCGAGCCCUCCACAGAGGCCUCCGCGGCGGCCUCGCAUCAUCGCGAGCAGCUGCACAAGGAGCACCACCAGGAGCACCACCAACACAAAAGGCAUCGCGAGCAGCAGCAGCAGCAGCAGCACGAGCAGCCCCUCGCCGCGACGGCGCCCAAACUCUUCUCGGCGGGCAUGCCGCUCUCGAGGAAUUACGUGCCGUACGCGGGUCUGCCGCCCCACCUCAACUCGCUGCCCUCGUCGAGUAAGUCUCCGUCCGGAUUGGCCGAGCUGGCGGCCCUAUACGCACAAAACUACGCUAACACGGCUCUUCCGUGCUCUCUUGCAGUGGCAAAAAUGAAGGAGGAGAGCAGCGUCGUCGGGUCCGCUCGAGAGGGUGCGGCGACGGCUGCAGCGGUGGCGGCUGUGGAAAAGCAUUUCGCCAUGCAGAACAUGUAUCACGGUCUACCGCCGCCCAACGCGGGCGCGAUGCCACCUGCCUCGCAGCAGUCGCGCUCCAUGAAGCACUCGGUCGCUGCGCGCGAGGAGCAGCUCGCUGCCGAUCAGGAACAAGAAUAUCUGUCGUCGGCGCAUCUUUGGCGCGAUACGCCCUACAAAGUUCCUGAGGACGUGGCGGAGAAAGCAAAGAUGGUGCGACAACAAAAACGAGAGGGUGAAGGAAAGCCACACAUUAAGAGGCCAAUGAACGCUUUCAUGGUCUGGGCCAAGGAUGAACGGCGAAAAAUUCUCAAAGCUUGUCCAGACAUGCACAACUCAAACAUAUCCAAAAUACUAGGUGCCAGAUGGAAAGCGAUGUCAAACGCGGAAAAGCAACCCUACUACGAGGAACAAUCGCGGUUGUCCAAAUUGCACAUGGAGAAACAUCCAGACUACAGGUAUCGGCCCAGGCCCAAGCGAACCUGCAUCGUCGACGGCAAAAAGAUGCGCAUCUCCGAGUACAAGUCGCUCAUGCGCCAACGCAGACAAGAAAUGCGACAGAUGUGGUGUCGCGAGGGUGGGACGGACGUUGGCUUUCUGUCGCCGGUCGGCCAGUCGGAGCCCGCCGCAGGGCCAUCGGGUCGUCCGAGCGUGUCCCCGCCGGACGGCAUGUUGAACGGUGCCGGCGGCGCGGGCUCGAGCUCCGCCGACCACGCAAACUUCUACUACGCUCAGGAGAGCAUGUCGCCGAGCGACGUCAUGAACUUCUCACCCGACAACUCGGCCUCGACCUACGACGCGAGUCCACGCCAACACGCCGACGAGGAUUGAAGCGGCGCUCCGGGCCCGCCAGCGAACAUCUGGCAGCCCGGAGCCCAUCCAACGCUGCAGCCGGCACCGGCCGCCGGUCGCUUGCAUCACGGCCACGAUCUCUUUUGGUAGAGUGCCAUCAUCUCAGCUGGAGAGUAACCACUCCUCGACUCCGAUCGACUGCCAGUUUUUUCGACAAUUAAGUAGCUAAUUAUAAUUACGAGUGCAUCUGCUGGCCUGCGAAGCUGCUGCUGUUACUGUUGCCCCGUAGCAGAGCUUGACGCCAGUCUAACGCCACCAAAACGCCAGUUUAAUGCCAGUUUUACUCGCCCUUUCUUUCACCAAACGGAGAAGUAAGCUGUCCUUUGUGGCUGACUCUUCAUGUGUGAUAUGUAAAAAAGAAAAGAGACAAAGACAAAGAAAGAAAGAAAAAGACUAUUAAACGGGCAUCCGAUAUCUUACUUCUGAAUGAACGUUAUAUUUUAGCUUUUAGAACUGCGAUGAACUGGCGAGAGAUUUGCAUAAUAAAUAUUUAAUAGUCGACGCUUACGGGUUUAUCUUCUCGAGAAACCCGUAGCCGAUAUGGACUCAAGAUGAUAAAAACGAGCUAUCUCAAUCUCAAUUACGAUGUAAUAAACAUGGCUACUUUUGCUGAACUAAAAAUUCUAAUUUUCAGCAAACAUUUGUUCUCAUCUUUGUAGCUGCUGCAAAAUGCAUUUAUAUCCGAAAAAUAUUCGUAUACGCACGACGCGAAUAACACUUAUCUAAUUGUUUUUGUCGCUCGUGCAGCGCAAGAAUUUCGACUUUGUAACGUGUCUUGCCACUCAUGCGGCGACGCGUUUGAUCAAAAUUUAAUGCUGAUCUAAUCAAAUUACAAAUAGUAAAGACUCUCAAAUGUUUACUCGUAGAAGGCAACAAAUCAAAAACUAGGUACUCAUAGAUGUAAUUCUGAAAAGUGUUCGAUACGACAAAAGUCAGAAAUUUGCGCUUUAACAAGAUAAAAUUAUUAGUACUAAAUGUUUUAUAAAGGGUGAAUGGAUCGUUAAAUUAAGUGAUAAAAAGAAGUAGAAAAUGAACAAAAAGUGGAAAAUAUAAAAUAAAAACGAGCCUACGUAAAAAAGAGUGAAAGAUAGUUCCAAACGCAAAAUACAACGCAACCGGCUUUGGUACUUAGAAACCAAUUUUUACUUCGCACUUGCAAAGCAAGUGUGAUUCUUAAUCAUUUUUAACAACAUUUAAAAAAAAAAGAGAUUAAUUAAUGUUUAUUUCUCUAAUGUAAUUUGAAUCUUCCUGUUUUGAUAUUUUAAUUGUUUGAUAGGCCCAGUGGUAGCUUACCUUUCCUGUCUGUUACGCGUCUUUCUUUUUUACGUGAAAUUAUAGUCGUAAUAUUUUUUAUAUAUGUAUCUCUUAGUUACUGCGAUCGUCGGUAAAAGGUUUUAUAGUUGUACAUAGUGAAAGAAUGACAGAGAAAAAUAUUGGCAGUAAACUGUCAUGCAAAAGAGCGUUAAGUUCGGUGUGUGAUAGCCGGUCAUGUAAAAAAAUAUGUGCCAAAUAGCUCAUUGCGUUAAUUAUUAAGCAAAGUGUUUCCGAACUUCAUUAUUUAUUUAUAAAAAAAAUAGUGACGUGAUGGGAAACUCUUAUACUUAUAUUUCCAGUCUCAACAUAAUUAAGUCUCCGGUUAAUUUUUAAUUCAUAAUUCAGUGCAAUUGUAGAGUUAAUAAAUCGAAGCAAAUGGGUAAUUCUAGUAUCCUCGACUUGGUUAAAUGAAAAAA